AUGGCGGAUUCCCAAGCUUUGCCCGAAACCCAAUUAGCAGCUGAGAUCAAUGAUCAGCCCAAACAAAAAGUUAUCAUUACUUUCAUGGAUGCUGAAUGGUACAAUGCUGCAGCUGAAGACCAAAUCGACAAAUUCAAAGAUUACACAGAGCCUCUAGAUCUUCUGCGUACCCCAAAAAAAAAUACAGUCCUACAUGUUUACAUCACGGCAGUAAAAAAGGAAACAGAAGAAUCCAUUGAAUUUGUGAAACUAGUUAUCAGCAAGUGUCCGCCGCUGCUAGAUGAGCCCAAUAUCAGAGGCGAAACUCCGCUGCAUAUUGUAGCACGGUUCGGGUACAACAAUAUAGUCGAAUUUCUUAUUCGGAACAUCAAGAAGGCUCAAUACGACGAUCUUGAGAGAGGCGCAGAGGAGUCAACAAGUGAUAAGAUGCUGAAGAAGACAAGCCCAAAUGGAGGCACAGACUUGCAUGAGGCUGAAAGAAAUAAUCAUCCUCGAGUGCUGGAAACAUUGAUAAGAGAAAAUCCUGAAUUUGCGAACAUAGCUAAUGCCGCCAGAGAAAGCCCGCUUUACGUUGCAGCGGGAUCUACAGCAAAACGCCUAAAGAAGGCUGGAUAUAAACGAGGUCGGCAUUCAAUCAGGCAGGCACCACCUCAUAACAUGUCAAUGAUCAACAGAGAAUUAAUGUCUUCCCUCCAGAAAGCGAGUGAAUCCCAUCAGAUAGUAGCCACCCUCAUAGCAACAGUAACUUUUGCGGCAGGUUUCACCUUACCUGGUGGUUACAGUGGUCAAGAUGGCCCUGACGAAGGAACAGCAAUUUUAACUAGAAAAUCAGCCUUCAAAACGUUCCUUGUAACGGAUACCAUUGCGUUGGCCCUAUCCAUUUCUGUUGUGCUUAUCCACUUGAUUUGGGCUGCGUUGUGUGAAUGA